AUGGUGAGUAUUCGGGAAAACCCCGAAUACUAUUCGAAUACUAUUCGAAUACUAUUCGAAUACUAUUUGGGGAACACUGCAUAUAUUCUAUUCUUUAUCUACCGAGACACCUUUCCCGCCUCGUAUGGGGAAUUUCAGUUCAUGCCUGUGGCAUACUGCCCGAUCGAAGCAUACGGCUACCGCUGGUAUGGCCUUAUUCUCAAAGCUGGAGAAGAUCUGCCAGACCAUUACCGGAGAACUGGACGGCUAGAAAUUUUAAUGUCACCAGAUCAGUUGGCUGAGGCGUUACGAAGCGGGGACCGUGGCGGCCAGCUUGAGUCGUUUGACUCAGAUUUGCAGUGGCUUAUCACUCUUCAAGGUGUGAAGGCUUUUGAUAAUCCAGAUAUGGCAAGACACGAGAUUUCCGUGAACCGCCACAUAAGGAUAUCCUCGCUAUAA